CAUAUCCAACAACAAAUGACAUGGAGUCUGAAUCUUUGUAUGGUCCCUUUCUUUUUACCUUUCUUUUAGCUGCUUGCAAUGCUAGUUGCUCGACAAUGAAACCUUGCAAAGUUGACAUUGUCUGUCAUCAUGAAACACUAAUCUACAGUAGAUCUAUGAUGAGUCCAUUAUAUUCCACACUGUGUGGUUAAUCUCCUUAUCUGUUAUUACUCUCUUAAAAUUCAUUUCAACAGAAUGUGCAUCAGAAGCUCUGAAGAAACAGAAGGAAAGGCUGAAGAGAUAGACACAUCUUAUUUCAAGUCAUAUGAACACAUAGGGAUUCAUGAAGAAAUGAUCAGAGAUGUUGUUAGAACAAAUUCAUACAGGUUAGCCAUUUUGCGGGCCAGUGAUGCACUCAUUGGGAAGGUGGUUGCUGAUGUUGGAGCAGGUACAGGUGUUUUGAGCUGUUUCUGUGUGCAAGCUGGUGCAAGAAAAGUGUAUGCUAUAGAAGCUAGUUCAAUGUCCAAGCAAGCAGAGAGUGUAGCUGAAGCAAAUGGAGCAAGCAAAAAGAUUAAUGUUAUCCAAGAUCGUGUAGAGAAUAUUGAACUUCCAGAGAAAGUUGAUGCAAUAGUCAGUGAAUGGAUGGGACAUUUUUUGCUAUAUGAAUCUAUGCUAAAUUCUGUCAUAUCUGCAAGGGACAGGUGGCUUAAGAAGGAUGGAUUGAUUCUACCAAAUAAAGCCAAUCUGUACUUAGCACCAUUCACCAAUGACCUAUUCUAUUCUGAAAGGAUAGAAUUUUGGAGUACUGUGAAGGAGAAGUUUGGGGUAGACAUGUCAUGUAUAAAACCAGAAGCCAAGAAAUCAUUAUGCAGUACUAUCCAUAUAGAGGAAGUAUAUGGUGGUGAUUUAUUGGCCAGGGAAAACCUAAUUUCAGAACUUAAUCUUGAAACCAUGACUCAGGAUGAUCUACAGUGUAUAAAGUCAUCAUUUAGAUUCAGUUGCUUUGGUAAAGAGACAUUCUGUGGCUUCACUGCAUGGUUCACAGUGACCUUUGAUCCAAAGGUCAAAGGGAAGGAAUUACUCACUCUGUCAACAUCACCAGAUGAACCUUGUACACACUGGAGGCAAUGUGCCAUGUAUCUUGAUGAACCUAUAGAUGUUGAACAAGAUACCAUCAUAGCAGGAACUAUUACUUUAACACCAGGCAAACAAAAUAGAAGAUUUCUGAAUGUUGAGUUGACCUAUCAAGUUGAUGCAAGAGAAGCUGUGACCAAGAACUACUCUCUUACUGAUGGAUCAAGUUGACCAAUGUAAUACCUGUUGUGUAAGCUUUUGUUUCAACUUGAAUCUGAUGCUGCAAUAUCUAUUUAGUAACAGUUCAGGUGGGUGUUUCAUAAAGCUGUUUUGUAAGUUAAGAGCGACUUAAAGAACAACUGGUGAACCUUUCUUAUGCACUAAAUAAUCACCAAUGAAUGUUAAUGGUGAAUAUCAUUUACUACAAGAAAGGAUCACCAGUCAUUCUUAAUAAUAAAACAACAUUUAUAAAGCACUUAAUACGCAUUGUUUCUAAGCGCUGCUUCUAAGUUGCUUCAUAAAGUCACUCUUAUCUUACGAACAGCUUUAUGAAAUGGCCCCCAUGUAAUUUUAAUAGAUCCCUUUAAAUAUUGAUAUGAUUUCUGUAUUUGACCCUCCUAUAUAACUAGAUGAUAUUGAUAGUGACUGAAAUGUAUGAAAUUUCAAAGUUCAAAGUGUCAUGCAUUGGGUGUGUAGGUAGCUGUCAGUAAUAGUAGGGGAUGGUGGGUCAUAAUGGAACGCUUAAAUUCAAAUUUGCAUCAUGACCUCAUCAGCCACAUGAGAACAAUAAAAAUAACGGUUUUAGAUAGAAUGUUGUAUGUACUUUAUUAUGUUAAUGACAAAACCACUGUAAAAUUCCAUUAAAAAAAAUCUAAACAAAUUUUACAACAGAAGAGUCAAACUUGCCCCAUCUGUUGGGUAUAAUAGAACUCCCCCUUGGGGCAGAAUGGAUCUACAGGUCUGUAUUGCCCCUUCAUAAGUCUAAAGGCCGCCUCACCUUACGACCCGACUGGUCUACGACUGGCUUGCGACUGAGUGAGUAGAAAUGAAUCGUAAGGUAGUCAUAAGCCUCGACACCGCACACCUUGCGAUCUGACUACCACGCUGUCUGCGACUCACGCAUGCGCUUUUUGCUUUUUGCCGUAGCAACUGAGAAAAUGCGCUUACUACUGCAUAUGCGCAUUGUUUAACAUAUACGCGUCGUGCAAAUCUGCUGUCUGAUUGGCUGGAAGUUGGAUUGAGCUUGCGAUCCAGUCAUAAGGAUUCAACAUGGCAAAUCCUUAAGGCCACCGCACACCUUACGACCUGACUGGUCUGCGACUGAGUGAGGGGAGAUGAAUCGCAAGGUGGUCAUAAGCCUCGACAUCGCACACCUUGCGAUCCGACUACCACGCUGUCUGCGACUCACACAUGCGCUUUUGCUUUUUGCCAUAACAACUGAGAAAAUGCGCUUGCUACUGCGUAUGCGCGUUGUUUAUCAUAUACGCGUCGUACAACUCUGCUGUCUGAUUGGCUGGAAGUUGGAUUGAGCUUGCGAUCCAGUCAGAAGGAUUCGACAUGUCAAAUCAAGCUGACAAGAUCUGUGACGUCACAUCUCCCCCUCUAAGUCGCAAGCCAGUCGUAGACCAGUCGGGUCGUGAGGUGUGCAGUGGCCUUAACGUUCUUUGUGCAUACUUAAUGGGCAGAGCUGCAUAAAGUUGCUUCAAAAACAUUAUCUAGGAUAACACUGGAAAGUAAUCAUAGUAGAGACUCAACAAAAAUGUGCACUGUUCUCUAGAUUUCUUAGACUUGAAUCUGUUUUCACACAUUGAAACCAAUGCGAGUCCAUACUUUUCUGCCAGCUUAUAAAUCUAAAAUGCACUGGGAAACUUUUUUAAAAAACUUGAUUUUUUUCUUGACCAAUGUACUUAGAUUGAAGAAUAAAACGCUGGUAAACAGGUCCCAUGAUAAAAAUUAUACUGUAGUAUUUUGUGAAUUGUAUGACUUAUUUUACAGGACAAAACAAAAUGUUGUUUUUAUUCCCUUUAUUCAUAUAUGUCUCUGCUCUAAUGUCGCCAAAGGAUAUAUUGUGUAUUAUAAAUAACCGAAUAACUCAACAUUAAUCACUCUCAAGAUAAUAUUGUGCUUUUAAGGAAGCCUAGAAAAAAGGCCAAUAGUUGUGUUUCUUUCUUUUAAGAUAAUAAAGACUCAAAAAAAAAAAUUUCAAUAUAAAGAAUAUAGACCUUUAUUUUCACAACAUUUUUAAAGCAGGUAAAGCACUGGAAAUUAAACUCCUCUCUGAAAUGUCGAAGACCAUUCAUUGUAAUAAAAACCUUUGGAAAACGUCAACUUCUAUCACCAAAGUGAUAAUGAAAAUCAUGUAAACUGAUAAUGUAUAUCAACUCUAAUCUUUGAAAUUAAAUAUGAGAACACCGAUGCAACUUUAUAGAAGAUAUCAACACUUUUAUUAGCCAAGUAUCAGAUGGGCAUUUUUCACAUAUUGAACACAGAUGGCGCUAUGACACCAAAAUAUUACAAAUCAACAGGUGCUUGACAAACUAUAAAUAUACUGAUUUCGAGCUUGUGUCAUAUCUAGUCCUGGGACCUGCUUCAUAAAGGACUUGGAACUGUUGUAACUUUGCCAUUAUGGCAACUACCAUGGUAACCUUGAUUCUGAUUGGCUGCUGAGCCCUGUUACCAUGGUAGUUGCCAUAAUGGCAAAGUUACAACAGUUGUAAGUCCUUUAUGAAACGGGCCCCAGAUCUCAGUGAUUUUUUUUAAGAAAAAAGAUCACAUACCAAUGAUUCAUCAGAAUCACCUUCUUUUCCUGCACAAGCUUCAUGUGCCCAUUGAGAACAGAGAGAGAGAGAGGGAGCACUUGAUCAUGCUGCGCUCCACAGUUCAAAGCAGUAGAUACACAUGGCAUCAUUAUCUUUACUGGAUGAAGUGUCGUUCUCUGCUAUUGUGAUUUCUUGCACUUUCUUUUCCCACCGGUUUAAAGCUGGCUAUCUGCUUCUUGCAUAUGCGCUCUUUUGGGAAUCACAUUGUUCUUCAGACUGUCCAUCCACCCACUUUAGCUGAUGACCAGGUAGGAAGAUGGAUUGUCUGCCAUUUGGUCAACAGUGCUGUAGAUGGUUCUCAGCAUCUGUCGUCUGCCUCGUAAGAUAGAAUAUUGUUCUAUCUACAGCUUGUGCAGCCUCUGUUAAGCUUACUGAAUCUUGUCAGAGUUUCAAAAUCAACCAUUGAUAUGAAUUG